CUGAGGGGGUGGUGGGGAGGAGGAGCGUCCGACACCGGGAAGGGGCGGCGCGCUGCCGCGUCCGACCCGCCCUGUCGCAAUGGCCCCGUUUCCCCAGGCGCCCUCCGGGCCGGGCGCUCGCUGAACUGGGAUCUUGCCGUGCCCCUGAUCUCCCCGCCAGGCCGCUCCGCUCCCCUCCCCUCCUCCCUCCCUCCCCCCUCUCCCCGACAUCGCCUCGGAAUGGACGACUCCACGGUUCACAGUUUUCAGGACGGGGAAUGUGCGCUGGCCGACGGCGUUGAGCGGGAGUCGCGCCUGUCGGCCCUCGAGCGGCGUCUGCAGCAACAGGACAACGAGCUGACGGUGGUGAAGGCCGCCUUGGCCGACGCCCUGCGCCGUCUCGCCUUCUACGACCGGCACUUCGGCCGCGUUCAAGAUGGAGGUGCUGUAUUUACGCCCCCUCUGGGUCUGACAGACCCGAUGACAGUCAGCCACGACCAGACGCAGACGCCCGUCCCAGAGUUGUCUCUCGCUCUCCAUGGGAGCCCCAGCAGUGCCUCUGCCAGGCAGAGCAGCCACCCGGGGACGGAAGCCCCACCUCGUGUCCCUGCUCUCCACCCGGGGGCCCAGGCUCCGACCAGCAGUCCCAAGGCCCCUGUGGAUCCUCCCCCUCCGGCCCUGCCCCGGGACGAGGCCUGUCCGGGCCCGGAGCAGCCUGCCAGCUCAGAGCCGGUGUCGGGAGGGGACGGAGGAGGGAGGGAGGAGACCCGGGCAGAAGACGGGCCUGCACUGAGGCCCCCGGACAAGGCGGGCUCAAGCGGAUCGCUGCCUGCUCGGGCCCCGGAGGCCGGCCCAGGUGAUGCAGGCUUCCAAGACGUCAGCCCCGUCCCGACCGGGGAGCAGCACAAAUCGGGGCCUGAGGCCCAGCAGCCGAGCCUGCCGGAGCCUGAGGCCUUCCAUUCGCCAGCCUGCCUGGGACACGGAGUGGCGCCCGUCCCUGAGGAAGAACCGGGAGAUCUGCAGCCAGAUCUCGGACAAUCGCCGCUCGACGUCGCCGGCAAGAAGACGGCCCUGCUGAGGCGAUGCAGCACGUCGGACAGACUGCGGGGGCCGCGGGACGGGACGGCGGCCGAGAACCACAGGCCCAAGCUGGCCAAGAAGUCCGUGUCCUCGCAGAGCCUGCUGGGCAAGGGCAGGAAAGUGGACGGGCCAGCUUUGAACUUUAUCUCCCUGGCCACCCAGCUGUUGGCAAUUGGACCCCGAGAUCAUCCUUGCCGUUGCGGAGCGCUGAGGUCUGGGUAUCGCCGACCCGGCUGGAUCUCCUUCCUGGCAGCCGGAGACGCUCCGAGCCAGUUCUGGGAACUUGCAGAAAGAAGCUGUCCCGGCUUUAAUGCCGCGGUCCCGUUCGCCAGGCGGAAGCAGCUGAACCCGCUUAUGGCGGCCCUACUGAUCUGCCGGGCCUUCUUUCCGCGGCUGAUGUGUGUGCGUUGGCGCAGUUACGGUUACCGCGGCCGAGACUCGCGGGACAACCUGCACCUCCUGCCGUCGGGCGAGGUGGUGUAUUUCAUCGCCUGCGUCGUGGUCCUCUACAGCAUCGAAGAGCAGACGCAGCGUCACUACCUCAAGCACACCGACUGCGUCCGCUGCCUGGCUGUCCACCCGGACGGAGUGCAGAUCGCCUCUGGUCAAGCAGCAGGAGUCGACAAGGACGGAAAGCCGCUCCUGCCCUGUGUACACAUCUGGGACUCGGUCACCCUCCAAACACUACAGCACAUCGGACUGGGCAGCUUCGAGCGAGGAGUUGGGUCCCUCGCCUUCUCCAAGGCCGACAAUGGAGCCUUCCUGUGUGUCAUCGACGACUCCAACGAGCACCUGAUGUCCGUGUGGGACUGUACCCGCGGAACGAGACAGGCUGAGACCAAGACCACCAACGAGGCGGUGCUGGAGGUGGAGUUCAACCCGGCGGAUUCCUCCUGCAUCAUGUCCUGCGGCAAGUCGCAUGUCUACUUCUGGACGUGGAGUGGCUCCAGCCUCACCAAGAAGCAGGGCAUCUUCGGGAAGUACAAGAAGCCGAAGUUCAUCCAGUGUUUCGUGUUCAUGCGGACCGGCGAGGUGCUGACUGGAGACUCCGAGGGAAGCAUCCUGGUGUGGGGCAAGGCAGCGGCCGACACCAAAACCCUGGGCAAGGGGGCAAAAGAGACCUAUCAGAUCGCCCGGCAGGUGAAGGCCCACGAAGGAAGCGUCUUCACCCUGUGUGUCCGCAGCGAUGGCACCCUGCUCAGCGGGGGAGGCAAAGACCGGAAAGUCAUCCUGUGGGGGGAGAAUCUCAGCCCCCAGAGUGAGACCGAGGUCCCGGAGUGUUUCGGAGCGGUGCGGACGUUACUGGAGGCCCCAGCCGGGCAGCUGCUGAUUGGGACCACGAAGAACGCCAUCCUGCGGGGGGGCCUGGAUCAGCCCCUGACGCCCAUCGUACAGGGCCACACGGACGAGCUGUGGGGAUUGGCCACCCACCCGUUCCACGACCUGUUCCUCACCUGCGCACACGACAGGCAGGUGUGCGUGUGGAACCACGAGCAACACACACUGGCCUGGAGCAGGACGCUGGAGGGGACGGGGCUGUGUGCCAGCUUUCACUGCAGCGGCUCGGUGGUCGUGGUCGGUCUCCAAGACGGAAGGUGGGUGGUGUUGGACUGCCAGACAAAGGAGGACGUCUGGACUUCAGUCGACGGUAACGAGCAGCUCUCGGUGGUCCGGUACUCCCCAGAUGGGAAUUUCCUGGCGGUGGGCUCCCACGACAACUAUAUUUACCUGCACACGGUGAGCGAGGGCGGGCGUAGGUACGCUCGCUACGGCAGGUGCACGGGCCAUUCCAGCUUCAUCACUCACCUCGACUGGUCGCUGGACAGCCGGUUCAUCAUGUCGAACUCCGGAGACUAUGAGAUCCUCUACUGGGACAUCGCAGCAGGCUGUAAACUCAUCAGGAACCGCUACGAGUGCAAGGACCUGGAGUGGGUCUCGUACACCUGCGUCCUGGGCUUCCACGUCUUCGGGGUUUGGCCAGACGGUUCUGACGGGACGGACAUCAACGCCCUGUGCCGUUCCCACAACGAGCGGCUGGUGGCCGUGGCCGACGACUUCUGCAAGGUGCAUCUCUUCCAGUACCCGUGCUCCAAGGCCAAGGCUCCCAGCCACGUGUACAGUGGCCACGGCAGCCACGUCACCAACGUGUGCUUCACCCACAACGACACCCACCUCAUCUCGACGGGCGGCAAGGACACAACGGUGAUGCAGUGGCGGGUGCUGGCCGGCGGCCUGGAGCGCAGUAUGUCCAUCUCUUCUGCCUCCGCCUCCUCGCUGGAUAUCGCGACGGGAAACAACGCUUGAGGGGCUCAGGCUGGGCCGGGCGGGUGGGUGGGUGUGACUGCCCUGCUGUCUGUACCUAAUCUCGGUGAGGUGUCCUGCAGGACCUCCCCCCUUGCGCCCUUUUGCCUCACCCACCCGCCCUAACAUGUCCAACUCCCUCCUGGCUCUAGCAUGUCCCCCCCUCCCCAGACUGGCAACAGCGGGGGCAGGGUGGAUUUCAAUCGUCUGCAGUAUUUGGCUUUGCCCAUCCAAGGCUUCUUGCUGCUGUCCAGCCCUCCCACUCUUUCCUGGUUCUCUGCUUGAAAGGGUUAGGGAUGCCCUCUCUGUCAGUGACCUCCCCCUCCCCAUUUUGAGGCUCGAGGAGAUGACAGCUGGUGUGUGUGGGUCAGCCUGGUGGGGCACUUAUGAACGACCGGGCAGUGCCCAGCCUGGGCAGCGUGCCAGCCGUUGUUACUCCUAUAGCCGCAGAGAGUCUACACAGAGCCCGCAGGUUAAACAGGCCUGUCAACAUCUAACUAACAGGGCUGGCGGGCGGUCGGCCGGCCUGGUACCCCCAACCAUUCACGGCGCCUCUCCCCCUUUUCUGUCCCCUUCUUUUUCAGUCCUCGUGAAGGGUCUCAGCCCUAAACGUCGACUGCUCAUCGACGCUGUCUGACCUGCUGAAUUCCUCCACCAUCUUGAGUGUGUGUGUGUGUUGCUCAGGAAUUAACCCGAUUUCCCCCCCCCCCAAACUACCCCCAGACCCCGAAGAUCCAGUGCGACUGGCUGUCCUCCGGAAUAUCAGGAAGCCAUCUGCCACACUGCGAAACAUUCCACAGCGUCUUUUUUUUUGUUGUUGUCUAACAAAAGUCCUGGUUCUUACCAGGUUGCCUUUUGUGUUUUAAUUAAAGUGCUUUGUUCUGGGAGGUAUUUUUUUAUAUAUGGGAAUUAGGACCCUGAUGUGUCACAAGGAACAGAGCACAGUACACAGAGACUAAAUGAUUGUAAACUGCACAGAGUAUGUAUUUUUUUUCGUUUUUGAAAUUUAAAAUAAAUCUGACUUUAACGGUA